CCAGGUGACAUCCAACAAAAUGUUAGAUUUGUAAGAGCCUGAAGAGGAAAUAUUUAUUGUAGACUGCUCAAUGAAACAAGAAAUGGCUGGGACUGCCAGGAGAGUUAUAUAUGUGUACAAAGGACUAGGAGCUUUGGAAGAAAACUGUAAGGUUCUGAUGUCACAGCUGAUGCGAUUUGUGAACCCUUGUGUUCAUGCCAUCCAGUUUAUAUCUCCAGAGGAAACAAUCAUUGGUAGUUGGUGUGACACUGCAGCUCUCUAUGUGAUUGGAGGAGGGUAUGAUCUUGGACUUAUUGAAGCUUUAGGACCAGCAGGCAUGAACAAGAUCCAAGAGUAUGUACACCAUGGAGGCUCCUACUUGGGAAUUUGUUCUGGGGCUUAUUUUGCCUGUAGUUACAUUGAGUUUGACAAAGGAGGACCCCUGGAAGUGUGUGGAGACAGGCAACUGAAAUUCUAUCCUGGAGGAAAGAUUGGGCCUUUGUAUGGACCAUACAAAUAUAACUCUGACUUUGGAUCAAGGGCAGCAUCAUUAAAGUGCCACAUUCCUCAGCCAGUCAAACUGACCAAUGAUGCCCCAUGGUCUAAUUCACCAAUCGGCACCAAGAAUGGAUUCAAGUCUCACAAGAUGGAGGAAUUUUAUGCUUACUUUAGCGGUGGAGGAUUCUUUUAUCCUUAUCCCAAAGGGAGUUUCGAGACCGCAAAAGUUCUGGACAGCUAUCACACAAAUAACGGCAUCCACGGUGAAGAGCAGACUUAUUUCAUUGAAUUGGUCAAAUCAGAUAUACAUACCUCAGUAAAUUCAUGUCCAGAAGAUCAACAAUGCAAGCCUACCUCUAGUAAUCAAUGUCAAGAACGUGAUGUAGAAGUUUUAUGUACAUACUCUGAACUUAAGGGGGAACCUGCUGCUAUUGUCAAGUGUAAGGUGGGAAAAGGACAGGCUGUACUGAGUUCUGUACAUAUAGAGUAUGACAGUCAGUGUCUUGACAUUAAGGAUGUUUAUCUAAAACCCAUCAUUGAAUCUCUGAAGAAUUUUGACUUUGAACAAAGCAUAAUGUUUAGAUAUAUGUUAAAAUGCUUAGGUGUUAGCAUUAAUUUAGAUGAUAAGCAUAAAGUAUAGUUACAUUAAAGUAUCUGAAUAAAAGUAUAAAAAUAUACAUAUUUUACAACAAAU